AACAGCUAUUUCCUCCUCUGACUUUCUCGGACCAGAUCCCUAUCUACAAGAGAAGAGAAAACCGCCCAUGGAAAUUCCAUUCGGUGCUCUAUCGAUUUCAGAGAAGUAACAAGCAUCUCCUGCUGCUCGCCCCGUCCUCUACUCCCCUAGUCCAAUCUUUUUCGCAAAUGUCCCUCCAUCUAGCUGAAGACGAAACCAUGGAGUGUUUGUCUUUAUCGUUCAAGGAAAGCUAUGGAGGAUAAUGCAAUGAAUCUUGAUCUUAACCUGGGUCCCGUUGAUCAUCCAAACACUGAUGUGGAGCGUGAACCUGGACUAUUCUCCAGUAGAGAUUCUAAUUGGGAAGAGCUGGUCAGGGAGAGGAGACAAUUUGGCACUGAACCAUUCCCAAUUGAGAAUAUUAAUUUGGAAGAAUUCCUUGACGGACCUGUUAGGGAAGCGGUAAGGCAGAGGAGGCAGAGGAGGCAACGGUGGCGGUCCAUGCGGAGAGAUCUUCCGGUACCACCGGAAACCAGAAGCAUUGCAUUGGAAUGGUUAGGUGGGAGCAGAUUGCAGGCCGGGGAGGCCAGUUUUGCUGCAGCAGAAGAGGAAGAGAGGCCGACCACUGCUGAAGUAACCAAAACAUGUGAGAACAAAUAUCCGUGUUUGGACAAUGAAACGUCUUCCAGAAAGAAAGAAGAAAAUGAAAAGGGAAACGUAAACGAAGGUUGCUUCUUCGAUUGCAACAUAUGCUUGGAUUUGGCAAAGGAGCCUGUCGUCACUUGUUGUGGCCACUUGUUUUGCUGGCCUUGUCUUUAUCAGUGGAUACAUGUCCAUUCUGAUGCAAAAGAGUGUCCUGUUUGCAAGGGGGAGGUGACGAUGAAGAACGUGACUCCAAUUUACGGGCGUGGGAGUGGGACCCGUGAGACUGAAGAGGACUCGUCCUUUGCACUCAAAGUCCCCCAUAGACCUCAAGCACGCCGAGUCGAGAGUUGGAGACAAACCAUCCAGAGGGCAGCAUUCAGCAUCCCAAUGGAUGAGAUGAUUAGGCGGCUGGGAAGUAGGUUUGAUCUCGCACAGGUUCAGACUCAAAACCGGGAUGGGUCCCAGGAAUCUCCAGGGGAUAUUCUCAACAGGUUUUUUACCUCACGGGGACGCAGAGAGCAUCAUAAUCCUCCCCACAUCUCAGUGGAUGACAGAGAUUCUGGUUCAAGCAUUGCUGCUGUUAUUCACUCGGAGAGUCAAACUGUGGAAAAUGUUAUUGAGAUUGAUUCUACAGUGUCUCUUUCCACCUCAUCCUCCAGACGAAGAAGCGACCAUACCUCUAGAGUUUCAGAUGUUGAUAGUGGAGACUCACGCCCGCUUAGGAGGAGGAGAUUCAACUGAGCUUCCUCCUCAUCUAUCUUAUUUUCCAUUUAAGUUUUCAUAAAUUUCUUUCUGCAUGAUUGUGUUUGCUCAAGUCUCUAGUAUAAACGCGGCCAUUAUAUAUAGGCAUUUCCCUCAAAUUUUAUAUGCUCUAAACGUUGUUGAACUUGCUGCCAUGAUGAGAUAUUGCUCACAUGGGGCAUUCAUAAUAUGCAUUGUUAAGUUUUCUUUUUCAUUCCAUUUUAAUUAUUGACUGUAAAUUGCCCUCAAUUGCGUAACGUUUUUUUUGG